AUGAUGAUGUUUUUCACCAACAGUGGGUGGACGACAGUCCUCUUUCUGACCCUUCUAACAGCAGGGCAUGGGGAUGCUCAGUCCACCACCUGCGUCACCCGCAGAUGUCUGGCUGAAGCGCUGAUCAAGAGAGGAUAUUCAUCUCAGCCACAGAACCACAACUGCACCCAAACCAUUCAAGUGCCCUUCGUCGAGUACCAGACUCUGUCUGUUCGGUGGAAUGAUCCAGAGUUGACCUGGGACCCAUCUGUUUACCCGUUUGAUGAAGUGGUCCUCCCAGUAGCUAAAGUCUGGACUCCAGAGUUACACGUAACAAAUGGGAUAUUAACCACCAUGAAACACAGCUCCCGGGAUCUGAUUGUCCACAACAAUGGCACUAUAGUGCACUCUGUUGUUUUAAGUGCAGAGGUGAACUGUGAGGUCAACCUGUUCAACUAUCCCUACGCUGCUGAUGAAUGCCCUGUCGCCAUCCAGACCUGGUACAGAGAUGGAUGUGGAACAAGCAUGGACUUUGGUGGCGAGUUAAAGGUGGUGGAUGGCACCCAUGGAGACUGGCAGACAGAGUAUGCUUAUCUGGAGCAGCAGUUGAAUAGAGACGACCGCAAUUAUAUCAGGGUGGGACUGAGGGUCAAAUAUCUUAACCCCUUCAUAACAUUAAUGCUGCCCAGCAUUCUCCUCGUCUUGGCUGAUGUGGUCAGCUUUGCUCUGCCGCUGGGAGGUGGUGAACGCAACUGUUUCAAAGUCACCUUAGUUCUCAGCUUCACCAUGUUCCUCAUCAUCCUCAAUGAUGUGCUCCCUGGGGACAGCCACUGCAGCCCAAUCAUCAGGACCCACUUCUGCAUCUGUCUAGUCUUCCUGGUGUUCAGCAUGUUGGUGUCCAUGGUGCUGACAGGGCUGGCCGGCACUGGCAGUCUAGUUUUCUGCUGCUGGCCCAAAAAGGGUUCAAGGCAAGGAGACUCAGGGAGCAGUGAGGAAAGAGAGGAUGAAGAAGUCAAAGCCGACAUAAGUGUGGUCCAGCUGAACGCCUCAGAGGGAGACAGUCGGAUGCUCAGUAAGGUGGUCAGCUUUCUGGAAGAACUCAGAGAGAAGACACAGGAAAGUGAGAGAUACGAGAAGAUCGCUACGACGGUGGACAAAAUAUUUUUCUGGUGCUAUUUAAUCAUUGCCAUUGCAUAUUUCAUCACUAUGACUCUUAUCAUGACGAUGCAUACAUGUAUUGUCAAUCACUUUGAUUUCUGGUACUGAUGAA